GAGACGGUAACACAUUUUUGUUCGCGCCGUGCUAAGCGGAAGUAGUUUAAAUUCUGUGUGUUCUGUGAAACAGAAUAUUUCUGAACAGAAACAAAUAUAAAUUAUGUCCAAACUCAAAAGAAGAAAAACAGCGGUGGAGGAAAUAAGAUCUGAACAUCAGUUUAGGAUUAAAGAUCUGAAUCAGAGUCUGCGCAUUCCGGACGCAGGUUCUCCUGCAGGUGAAGGAUCAUCAUACUGGACUUCACCUGAUCUCUCUGACGUGGAGAAGGUCUGGUUGGAAAUUCUGCAGUCUUUAUGUCCACAGUUUUUAGCUCAGGACACGACGCUCUGUGUUCCUCAUCUACCUCAACUGUCUGUGAAAGAGGAGAAACAGUCUGAGCAUCACUGGUGCAGUCUGGAUGAAGAGGUUCUUCCCUUUCCUAAUGCACUAGCUCUCUCUAUUCCUUUCUUGUACUCUCCUGUGCCCUCUCCCCACCUACAGGCACGAUCUGACCACAUCUCAGUCCAUAGUUCGCUGAAGUCCCUCAGUGAAGGGAACGAGGGAUUAGAUGGUAGUGAGUGUGAGCAGGAUGUGAACAGAGCCACUGCCGUAUCUGGAAGUGAACAUUCUGGACAGGAGCGUGAGGGUGAAGCAGGGCCUGGAUCAAUAGACACUUCCAAAAUAAACUCCAGAGCAGUUCCUGGAUUAGGAAUAGUAUCUGGAUCAGAACUUGAGACCGGUCAUGAAUCUGGAAUGCCGAUUAGAGGAUCAGGAUCAGACGGAUCAAGACUGGAAUGCUGUCCGAUGUGUCUGAUGCUGUUUCCUGCAGGGUCCUCUCAGUUGGAGUGUGAUGGUCAUCUUGCCCAGUGUUUAUCAGAGAUGAAUGUAGACGUGGUGUGGUGAUCAUCUUCAUCAUAAUCAUCACCACAUGACCUCCUACACUGUGUUCUGAAGAAUGAUUUACAGCGACUGUUCCUCCCUGUAACACUGUACUUAAUGUAGGUUUGUGUAAAUAUCUCCACACAGUGAUCAUCCCUCAGCUAGCUUUAUCUGUAACAUCAUCAGAACUGAAGGUUGAAUUGUUCUUAAAAAUAACAAAUAAAUCUGAAGGUUGUGUUGUGAAGUUCAUUUCUGUCAGUUGUGGAACGUCACAGUGAUGUUUACUGCUGAAGUUUAAAAAAUCAAGAAAAACGAGUGGAUUAAUGAAACGACUGCAGGUGUUCUGUAAAUACGCUAAUGUGUUCACUUACAUCUACUGUAACCAUGCAAACACAUGCUGCUAAUAAACACAGAGAUCAUCUGGUGUUUUGUUUCACCCACACUCACAUCUCAGCUCUUUUACAUGCAUUAUAUCUUUAAUCAGAACAAUUUAUUAAACAAACUAAAGAUAUAAAACUUUCUGCUGCUGAAGGCAGUGUGUGAGAUUUUGGAGUCGACAAAAAUAAUUUAGAAAAGAAAGUUUAUGAAAGUUGAAUAUUUUUGACUUAAGUGCUGAGAAAUGUAUUCAAAAUAAAAAUCCAUUGAAUUUUGUUAAACUUCAUCAGAUCAUUGUCUCUCAGAGCUGUUGAAAUGAUGAAGAUGAUGAUGAUGAUGAUUAUCCAGCUGAACCUGAUGGAUGUUUUAUUGUUACAGUAUUUGAAUCUCUGGGACCAAAACAUUUAUCCUAAUGUUUUAUUGAAUAAAUCGGAUAUUUACAGAACUUCAUUCAGGAGAUAAAACAUCAGCAGAGAAACAAUGUUUUUAUCAGAGCAUCAGUGACUAAAGACAUUACACAUGUGGUCCUUUAUGAUGAUGUGCUGUUUUUUAAAAAUAGAUUUUGUUUCUUAAUGAUGUUUUUACAUCAAUAAAAAUAGAACUGCUAUAAAGAACAAA